CUGUAUUAGUGGCCUGUGUGUGUGUGUGUGUGUGUGUGUCUGUAUUAAUAGUGUGUGUGUGUGUGUGUGUGUGUGUCUGUCUGUCUCAGUAUUAGAAGCCUGUGUGUGUGUGUGUUUGUGUCUGUGUGUCUCUGUAUUAGUAGCCUGUGUGUGUGUCUGUGUCUCUGUAUUAGUAGCCUGUGUGUGUGUGUCUGUAUUAAUAGUGUGUGUGUGUGUGUGUGUGUGUGUGUUUGUGUGUCUCUGUAUCAGUAGCCUGUGUGUGUGUGUGUGUGUGUGUGUGUGUGUCUGUAUUAAUAGUGUGUGUGUGUGUGUGUGUGUGUGUGUCUGUAUUAAUAGUGUGUGUGUGUGUGUGUGUGUCUGUGUCUGUGUCUCUGUAUUAGUAGCCUGUGUGUGUGUGUGUGUGUGUGUGUGUGUCUGUAUUAAUAGUGUGUGUGUGUGUGUGUGUGUGUGUGUGUGUGUGUCUGUAUUAAUAGUGUGUGUGUGUGUGUGUGUGUGUGUGUGUGUGUGUCUGUAUUAAUAGUGUGUGUGUGUGUGUGUGUGUGUGUGUGUGUGUGUGUGUGUCUGUAUUAAUAGUGUGUGUGUGUGUGUGUGUGUGUGUGUAGGCCAAAGUUGCCUCGUGUUCCAGUCCCCGGGCCGGUGAGUUUGUAGCACAGGUCAAAGCAGGUUAAAAUAUCAGGUUGCACUGAUUAAAUGAGCGCUGUCUCUGAAUACAGUGUAUCUGCGCUCCACUUGUGUAACCUGUCACUGUCACAGGGGCCUUUUAACUUUCUUACACCUCUGCUUACUAACACCAUUCUCAUUAGAUACUUACCUCAACACCAGGCCGCGUGUGUGUGUGUGUUCAUCAAACCUGCUAAUGUUGUUAACUCACGGCUAACUCGGGCUAGCAGAAAGAAGACCUACAGUAUGUGCUUAUUGUUUGUUUGUUUGUUUUUUUUUAGUUAUGAAACCUAAACCUGUUAUGAGCACUUCUUCUUGUGAGGAAGUGAAGCUUCUGGUUAUUUCUGCCAAAAGGAAGUCCAUGUAUGUAUCAGACCGAAGGGUUUGGACGGUAUAUCGGAGGCAGCAUCGAAGUCUUGUUUGUCAUUAGAACAUAAACAAAACAGAGGAAAUAUACACUUGUAAACGCAGAUAUGGGUUUGUUGGCGUACCGCGAUAAUGUUUCGAUCCAGCCUCAAGCAUCAUAAGUAUAUAAGCAUCGGGGUCAGCGCCAUUUUUUUUCUCUCUCUCUCCAGAUUUCAGUGGAUUUAAGUCUAUGGUAUCCAGGUGAAGAUAAUUCUAACGCGAUAGCGCACGAGCGAGAGUGCGUCCGUAUCGAAUAACCGACAUGGCGUACUUUUUUUAUGCUAUCACUUCAACACAACAGCUCUAGAAACAGGAAACGAAUCCCGAGCGACCGCCACGUCGGACACGGUACGGCCACACGUCGUUUAUUUUCGCUCCGCUAGCGGAAAUCCAUCCCGGAGGAGCCGCGCUCGCUUUAAGGUGCGUCGGCUAGCCGGCUCACGCGGAUUUUGUGAGCGCGCCGAUUACACAUCGGACAUCGGCAGGUACAUUCCUGAAAGGUUUUGUAAUGGUUGCGCCGAUGAUGACCGUAGUAACCGUUUCAAACCAGGAAGUGGAAUUUUUACCCGGCGAACACGGACGGGCGGAGUGAUGGUGCGGUUAUGGGAAAUAUAGGCUGAACCAGUCAGAUUAUUGGAGCGGAACGAUGUAUAGUAGUAUAAUCACUGUAUAACGAAUGAGACUUGAGUAUAUACUCGAGCGAGUGCAGUCCACAAAGUGGCUGUCCAAUGAGAACAUUCACGAUGCUAUACAACAGAUAAACUAGUGAAACUAAUCGCCUGUGGAUUAUUAUAUCGUUCGACCACAUUUGGUCAUCAGGUCCCGCCCACUACUCAGCUCUCGCCUAUCUUACAAAUCGAGGAGGAUGAAAGCUAACACGUGCUUCUUAAAGAAACGUGACAUAAACAGAGGAAAGUGCUUUCGGGCCUCUUCCGCAUACACGAGCUGAUUGGCGAGUGUCCCCGUGAUUGACAGGAGAGAGAGUAUGUCGCCCCUCCGACUCGGAUGUGGCGUCUUCAGGAUUCGAGCUCGCAGUCUCCCAACGAUAGGGCCAAGGUUUUUCCGUUGCACCCAUGGAGAGGUAGGUGGACCUCGCCAACAAACAGUCUGCCCGUCACGCAGACGUCUCUCGAUUCACUGAAGCAGUAAUAACAUCGACUCGAUGUCGUUAUCUCUCAUGAACUUUGCGCAGUCGGUGCACUAAGGAGAAGUGAACGUCAGCAGUACAGUCAUCGGUCGUAUAAAAACGCGCAUGACAUCAUCUCGUCGCCCGGCGUCUGCGAAACAGAUGUCGAGCCUUCAGGUUCAUACGCAGAAUCCAGCUCACUGUCUCAAUCAGACUAGUAUUCAUCAUCAUCAUGGACGCCAGGGAUAAAACAUUACAGGACAGCUGUGUGUGUGUUCAUCUGACGGCAUUAAUAAACGGCGGUCGAAACCGAGCCGGGCGCCGUACCUGACGAUAAGCGACCGAUCGACCCAUUUCGUUUUAAAAAAUAACACUCGACGUGAAACAUCGCUGGACUUUAUUACGCAAAUAAACAGCACUGACUGUAGCGUGACAAUCGGCUGUAUUAUUUUCAGAUGAAAUAAAUAUGAACGUAUUAAUCAUUAGUCAGUAUUAAAGUAAAUAAAAGAUAUCCAUCCAAACUGAACCAAAAAUUAGCACUCCAAAUAACAAAUAUAUAACGCAUCAAAAAACACUUCAAAUAACACAACAAAAAUGGUUGCGCUUCUAGAGAGCGGUCUCGUACGGUGUGACGGCAGACUCGACUCGGUCGCUCUCGCAACGGACGCAAGCGGGAAAAGCUAUCAGUGUGGAUUUUUGUAGAUAAACGAUCAUUCCGCAUAGCGAUGUUAUCGGUGCGGAAUAAUCAGCAAGACCCAUCGAUCCUAUUAGCCUAUUAGCCUAUUAGCCUAUUAGCCUAUUAGCCCUGACACAAUUCUUGUGGUUCGUAGUGUGUACUACAUUUAACAGCACAGCACGUGCAUGCAGUGACGCUUGCCACGGCGAUCGGGGAGCCACCCGAGAGCUACACGUUUCCGCUUUCUUAGAUAUACUAGCGGUCGGACCGAACGCAAAUAAUAUCCGCCCGGCAACAGUGACGAGUCAGUGAAGCGGUAAGGACGCAGGGAAGGUAGCGUACGCACGCAUGACUUCGCCGCAAGGUCGUAGCUCGUCCCCGUGCGACUCAGGAACUCCGGACGGCCUCCUCAAGGCCGAGUUCAGCAAGUGACGUCGAAUCAAAAUGGCUGCUCGCAACAGUAAACAAACAGGUUGUGCUGGCUCAAUCGACACGAAGUAGCCGGUCUUUUAUCGUACAUUUACUCGUGGACAUUUAUUCACGUAGCGGACGCUUUUCAUCCGAAGCGACAGGAAACACGAGCGAGGCGAUAUAUCGUACGGAGAACAAUACAGGCGCGACCGUACAAUUGAGUUCUAGAGAAGCAAACUGCGCCGAGUAGCGGUGUAAGAGCCAGAGUCGGUGUUGUUUUGGGGUUUUUUUAGGAUAACGUGGGGGUUGGAACGUCAGGGGUUAGUCAGGUGUUCAACGAAGACGUGGGUCUUUAGCUGUUUUUGAAGAUGGCGAGAGAUUCUGCGGCUCUGGUCGAGGUCGGACGUUCUUCCCAGUACCGAGGGGCGGUUAGUUUGAAGGUUCUGGAAAGGGACCUCGAGCGUGACGCUCACGUCACUUCAGGCCAACGUGAGCCACAGUUUACAACCGGUUUACAGCGUGAACGGCGUUUACUUCAAUGGUGGAAGGGAACUAGUGGAACGUAAGCGACCCGACUGGUUAGAUGGGUAGAUAAUGACAGGAACGUUUCGAUCAGCGCUUCCUACUUACACACGCACAAAGUAAGUUAGGGAAAGGAAGUCGCGUGUGUUAAUACUCCGCAGGGAUGUGACACGGCAGCGAGAGAGCACAUCCCGAAUUAAACCCCUCGCGAAAAAAACAAAACACCUUUUAUUUCACCGAGAUUGUUUACAUGUAUGUAAGGCCGAGGCACUCGGAGAGAGGUGUCCAGUGACGUGUCCUGAAUUAGCAGUUGUAAAAGUGGAAGCGGGCUUCCAGGGGACAGGCAGUACGGAGCCGCUCGCCGAAACCCCACCACGUCCCGGUCCGUCUCCGAGCCCGACGCGUAAGGAACGUCUUUGUCCCUUGUCUUCACAGUGACGAUCCUCGUCAGUAGGAACGUUUCCAGCGGCGUCGAUCCAUUUCGACACGGAUCCGACACGAUAGCGACGAGACGCGAGAUCGUUUCGGCCGUGACAGAAGCCAAACACUAAAAGGGUGACAUCAUCGGCUGCCACCACAAUGGGGUCGUUCUUCUGCUGAAGGCCCUCGCGGGCCACGUCAUCGCACCACAGGAAGAGAGGAGGUAACAGUCAGAGAGACGGAUAGAGAGGUCAUGGAUACGAUAGAGCAUGCUGGGAGAGCAGCCCCGGCCUCGGCGAGACUCAUCGGGCCGGAAGGCCUCGUGGCCCUGCUGGAGGGCGGACUGGACCGAGUGCUUCUGAUUGACAGCAGGCCCUUCGUGGAUUAUAACACCUCGCACAUCCUAGAGGCGAUCAACGUGAACUGCUCCAAGCUGAUGAAGAGGAGGCUGCAGCAGGACAAGGUGCAGAUCGCCGAGCUUCUGCAGCAUUCGGCCAAGAAGAAGUUGGAACUGCAGAAUCAGGAAGUGGUGGUUUAUGACCAGAGCUCGUCUGACCCCUCCUCCUUGUCAUCAGAGGCCUUCCUCAGCGUCCUAUUGGCCAAACUCGAGAGGAGUUUCCCGUCCGUCCACCUGCUCUCAGGUGGGUUUGUGGAGUUCUCUAAUCUCUUCCCGGGUCUGUGCGAGGGAAAGUGUAUGCUGGUGCCCUCCUGUAUCUCACAGCCGUGUCUUCCCCUCAACAGCAGCGGCCCUACACGCAUCCUGCCUCAUCUCUAUCUGGGGUGUCAGAGAGACGUGCUCAACAGGGAUCUGAUGCAGCAGAACGACAUAGCGUACGUCCUCAAUGCCAGUAACACAUGUCCCAAACCUGACUUCAUUCCCGAGUCGCACUUCCUGCGUGUUCCUGUCAAUGACAGCUUUUGCGAGAAGAUCCUGCCGUGGCUGGACAAAUCCGUGGAAUUCAUAGAAAAGGCAAAAGCUUGUAACGCCAGAGUUCUAGUCCAUUGUCUGGCUGGAAUUUCCCGAUCCGCCACCAUCGCCAUCGCGUACAUCAUGAAGAGGAUGGACAUGUCCUUAGAUGAGGCAUACAGGUUUGUGAAGGAGAAGCGGCCGACCAUCUCGCCCAACUUUAACUUCCUGGGGCAACUGCUGGAUUUUGAGAAGAAAAUCAAGAGCCCUAGUGAAGUGGCAGCUAAGGGUAAGCCAGUGCAGGCAGAACUGCCCGACAAGACAAGCCCCGGGCAAGAGAACGAGUGCUGCGCCCCGUGCUCGUCCGGCGGGAUCGGGGUGGAGAAAUCUACCCUGGCGCCACUAGAGCCUCUGACUCUGCCCUGUGUACUGGCUGGGGUUCCUGAGGAGCAGCUCCUGGCUCAGGCACUGUGCAGUCUGCAGCUGAGUGAAGAAAUGGAGGACAGCAUGCGCUUGAAGCGCUCCUUCUCCCUGGACAUCAAGUCGUACGGAGAGCCGAGCGUCGGCGCUCCUUUACGCACAUUUGGCAGCGGAGAUAGUCCAGACUACUACAAACCAUCCUCGUUUAAAGAUCCGUCAGUUAAGCCUUGCCAGUUCUCCCCUGUGGAGGAGGUUUCAGAACAGUCCACUCCCGAACAGAGUCCGGACAAAGAGCAAGCCGGAGGUCCCACGACCAGCAGCAACAAGUCCAUCAACUCUGCCAAAUCCAGUCACUCCAGUAACCCCAACCAAACCAGUAAGCCCCAGUCUGCAGCCUUGAAACCCCCUCCUCCACCUGCCUGCCCUCAGCCGCUGCAGAGGAGCGGUAGCAUGGAGGAAACCGCCAGUGCUGCCAGCUUCCUGCUCGGCCUGUCCCGCUCUCAGCAGCAGUUGGCCAAAACCGGGUUAGGCGCACUAAAAGGCUGGCACUCCGACAUCCUCCUGGCGCCCGUCACCGGCGGCUGGUACCUCUCGUCCGAGUCGGCACGGUUCUACUCCACCUCGGCCAUUUUCAGCGGCGGCGGCGGCGGCGCAGGAGCCGGAGGCGCACAGAGCAGCUUCACGGCGGCAUACAGCUGCAGUCAGGGCUUGGAAGCAGUGAGGAGGCGUAGCAGACAGAGGAGCAGCGAACGCGGAGACUCGCGCCGCAGCUGGCACGAAGAGAGCAGCUUCGAGAAGCAACUGAAGCGGCGGAGCUGCCAGAUGGAAUUCGGCGACGGCAUGACCGAGAGCCGCUCCAGAGAGGACCUAGGGAAAGUAGGCAGCCAGUCCAGCUUCUCCGGGAGCGUGGAGGUCAUCGAGGUGUCCUGAAAGAGAAAAAGAAAGGAAUAAUUGAAUGUCGCUCUUAAACUGAAUCACGACUCUCUGUAAGAAGGACGAUUCUGUGGGUUAUUUCCCGACACAGAAUCUUUUUUCAAGUGCUUUUCAUGGACUAGAAAGUAGUGGUGCUUCUUAGGCUUUUUUUUUUUUUUUUUUUCUUUUCCCCCCCACCCAAUGACCAAGAAUAUUUUUGUAUUCAUAGAGCUGAAUUCUGCAGGUAAUAAUGUUCACCGAAUACAGCUCCCUUUUUCGGAUCGUCCAAGAGCGGACACUCGGACACUUUCAGGCGAUUAUUUCUGGGUUUCUGUGUGCGUUUUGUUUUAGCUGAGCCUGUUUCGUCAGUGGAUCAGUAUCGAUUCCCAUGUCGCGACCGAUCCAGUACGUCUGUCUGACUCCAAUACGGAAUCUUGAGCCCGAAACUGAAGCUGAUUGAAGAUUUUAUUAUUUUAUUUUUUUUUCUGCUACAUACUACAAAGGGUGUCUACGUAGCAACUAUACAGUACCUCAUGAAUCCAAAUUAAGGGCUUUCCUCUCUCUCUCUCUCUCUCUCUCUCUCUCUCUCUCUCUCUCUCUCUCUCUCGCUCUCUCUCUCUCUCUCUCUCUCUCUCGCUCUCUCUCUCUGCUUUUUUUUUUUUUUUUUUUUGCUUUUACUCAUAAGUGUAGCUUUCAAUGGUUAAAAUCUCAGGUCUUAUUUUGAGCAGCAGGAAAAGACAUUUAUAAAGGAGUCCCUUUUGCUUCGAAUCACGGCGUUAAGAUUUAAACGCCCGUAGGAGAUUUUUUUUUCAGGCGAUCCACAAUCAGUCGCUUCACAUCAGAACACAAAGACUAAACGCGUACGUCAGCCGAACGAAGUGCGGGGACCGAACUGAAGUUCAGACGGUAGAGGCGGAGCUGGAAAAGGCCAGGUGGUAUGGCUUGUCGUGUAAAUGGCGGGUUGUUAAAGCAAGUGAUGGGGGGGAGGGGAAGGAAGAGGCUGGAACUCUCGUUUCAAAAGGCGCAACUCGAUCCCGAGAUCAGAGCGGAUCAUUGUCCUCUGGAACAAACGUCUUUUAGAGCGUAGGAAAUAAACACCUUUUCAAGUUGUAAUCAAAGCUACUCUGCAGUGUGAAACGUCAAGGGCUGCUAAGUUAAACUAGGUAUUAAAACACGCAGUGCAACAAGUGCCCUGAAGAUCCACUACAUACAUCGUGGACACGAACAUCAGAACUCUACAGACAUCUACCAUCAGGAACACGAUCAAUGAUCAAACCAACGCAUCCGCUGUUGACUAACAUUCACGAUGAUCUCCCAUAACAUACCGCAUGUUAUCCAGCCUCAGACCUACAUUCGAUUAAAUACCAUAUCAAGAGUUUGUGGGUCAUGCAGAUGUUCUGGUGUGAAACAUCUGCUCGUCACGUGCAACUCAAACUCAAAGUGGCUUUUUAAGGGGUCGGGUCACGUGAUCGUGGUAAAAUGGUUGAGCGAGCAGCUAAUGAACACUUUGUUUUUUUUCUGCCGGUUAAGAUCAUAUUAACUUUCUAGACCCCAGUACGGUAUACACUAUGUGGCCAAAAGUAUGCGGACACCAGACCAUCACACCCAUACGUGCUGUUGCACCAAAGUCGGAAGCACACGAUUGUAUAGGAUGGCGUUGUAUGCUGUAGCGUUACAGUUUCCCUUCACCGGAACUAAAACCCGCGCACAAAGCCGGCUCCAUGAAGACAUGGGUCGCCAAAGUCGGGAGUGGAACAACUCUAAGAGUGUCGCAAAAGUCCUAACCCCACGGGGACACUGACCUCCUCAUUCAACACCUCAAAAUCUAGCGGAGCGCCUUCCCAGAAGAGUAAUGGAACGGGAAGCUCGACAAGCACAUGAUGGUCAGGGGUUCUCAGAUCUUUUGGCUGUGUAGUGUAUUUUGCGCAGCGGUAGAGAAAAUGCCAAAUAUAGCAGGACGACUAGUUGACUAUAGGUCCGUCAUCAUCUCUACCGUAAUCAAUGGAGUUCAGAGUCACCCUUUAUUAGGCAUAAAUUCUUAUAUUCCGCAGCUACAUUUACUAUCGGAUAAUGUAAGGAAGUAUUACGGUCCUGUCAGUAUUGUAGGCUCGCGAGUGAGUUCUAGCUUGGCCUCUUCUCGUGCCUUUAUAAGACUGAACAAAAGGAGCUCUUCAGGUAUUUCACCCUUUCAUUCAUCCCUUAUCCUGUCCUCAAAACACAGUACCGCCCGAUCGACACCACUCCAACACGGACCCGCGUCGCCGCCGCCGAUCUCCAUCUAAUCGUUGCUAAUCGACUCUUCCACCCGGGAAUGUUCCCGGGACAGUGCCUUCUACACCUCCAGAACCUUGCAAGUCAAAAAUGGAUUUCCGUGUUUCUUUCAUUUCUCAAAGUGUGUUUGUGGUUUUUUUUUUUGUUUUUUUUUCUGAAACAGGACACAGGUGAUGAAAGCAGGUGGCGUAUUCGAUUCGAAAGCUUCCCUAAAGCUGUGAAGAUACUCCUGUAAAUAAGUGCAUUCUUUGUCAGUAAUCAGCGAUUAAAUGAUGAUUUUUUUCUCCUCCAGUGAAAAUGUAAGAAUCAGCAGCUUUACUUUACUUUGUGAUCGAACUAUUGAGCCUCUUAACCAGGAGAAGUGUUCGACCGUCUACGGCUUCUUUGCAAAGACUGAGCGUCACGUUCAAGACGCACGGCGAGUCUCAAAGCCAGGCCAAGUGAAAAUUCCUAUAGGUAAAUCUUUGUGGCCAAAUUACAGUAUAUAUAUAUAUAUAUUUAUAUAUAUUUCCCCCUAACUGAAUGACUGCGUUAUGACCGUGCAUACGUAACCGAGAAGCAUAGAGGAGACGGUACAAGCGUGUGACGUGUGUGAAUGGCCUUUUAGAGAUGCCCGAGAGUAUGACGUGCCUUUUCCUUCCACCGUAUGCAGUUUUACAAGUUCUUUGAUGUUGGUGGUUAUUAUUAGUUGUAUGUUUUGACAGUUGAAAUAAACCUAAACCGGUACUCAACACA